AUGGCGGCUCAACCAAGAGGUGGUAGGGGUCGGGGAAGGGGCAGACCUGUAAUUUUGGCGAUAUACACUGUUUGUAUGCGAAACCAUGCAGCACCACUUGGAGGUUAUGCGGUUGACGGCUGCGGAGAAUUUACACCAACCGGAAGCGCUGGAACUCCCGAGGAACUUAUGUGUGCCGCAUGUAAUUGCCAUCGGAACUUCCACCAAAGGGUUUUGAUGGAGAUUCCACCACCACCACCCCGCCGAGCACCCAGAGCCGCUCGUCGUGCCAAUCCAGCAGCGGAUUUACCUCCACCACCGCAGUCGGCUGUUGAAAUGAAUUAUCCUCUUCCGAGUCCACCAUUGAGUGAAUCAAACUCCGACAGUUGA